CCCUGCUCUCGAGCAAGCCCUAGAACCCUAGAAUGCGAGUAGAAGGGGGGAAAUGGUAGGCGCCAUAGCGGGGCUCCAGGAGCAUCUCAAGUUGGCGCGCGAGUACGCGCUGGAGGGAUCUUACGACACUUCUAUCAUCUUCUACGAUGGCGCAAUCGCGCAGAUCAACAAGCAUUUGAAUACGGUGGACGAUUCAAGUAUUCGAGGGAAGUGGCUUAAGUGCAAGAAGGAGCUAGCAGAAGAAGUGGACCUUGUCAAGCAGCUGGAUGCCGAGAAGCAGGCGUUCAAAGAGGUUCCAGGAGGCCCUGGCUCUCCUCGGCUGGUCUCAAAGUCAUUCAUGGCAAUGAACUUUUCUGGAGAAGACAGCUAUCCUGACGAUCCGGAUGUUUGGAGGCCGCCUGCUAGAGACGCUCGAGAACAAUAUGGAAGCAGGAGACCGACCAAGGCAGGCCAACUGGCGGCGCAAAAGUCCAUGGGAGACAACCGCUCUUCUUCGUGGGCUCGGAAGAGUGGAGACAACAACAACAACAACAACAGCAAGAUGGCAAGAGGUGGGAAAACAAGUGUUUCUGGUGCUUCUGGUCGAACAGCGGCCGCUGCUGGAGCGGCUGCAGGUAGUAAAGCUGCUGGUAACUCUUCUCAAGCCACCAGAAAGGCAACGAAUACUGGAAGAUCAACUCCGAGCAAGCGGGAGUCGACGAGUGGAGAAGAGGAGGAUGGUAAAGCCAGGAGGGGUCGCUACGAUGGCCCUGAUCAGGAGUUGGCUGCCAUGCUCGAAAGGGACGUGUUGGAAAGCUCGCCGGGGGUGCACUGGGAGGACAUUGCCGGGCUUAGUGAAGCAAAGCGACUGCUUGAAGAAGCCGUGGUUUUACCUCUCUGGAUGCCUGAUUUUUUCCAGGGAAUUCGUCGUCCAUGGAAAGGUGUUCUGAUGUUUGGGCCACCAGGUACUGGGAAAACUCUCUUGGCAAAGGCCGUGGCUACUGAAUGCGGGACGACGUUUUUCAACGUCUCCUCGGCAACUUUGGCUUCUAAGUGGCGUGGAGAAAGUGAGCGAAUGGUCCGCUGCUUGUUCGACCUUGCCAGGGCCUAUGCUCCGAGCACGAUUUUCAUUGAUGAAAUCGACUCCCUGUGCAACGCCCGAGGGGCAUCUGGAGAACACGAGUCAUCCAGAAGAGUAAAAUCAGAGCUUCUGGUACAAAUUGAUGGAGUAAAUAACAGCAGUGAGGAUGGCGAGAAGAAGAUUGUCAUGGUACUGGCAGCUACAAACUUCCCGUGGGACAUUGACGAGGCUCUCAGGAGGCGGCUGGAGAAAAGGAUUUAUAUCCCACUUCCAAACCAAGAAAGCAGACGGGAAUUGAUUCGCAUAAACUUGAAGAGCGUGGAGGUGGCUCCGGAUGUCGAUAUCGAAGAAGUAGCACGAAGAACAGAAGGGUACAGUGGAGACGACCUGACGAACAUCUGUCGAGACGCAUCCAUGAACGGCAUGCGGCGAAAGAUUGCUGGAAAGACGAGAGACGAGAUAAAGAACAUGAAAAAGGAUGACAUCCACGACCCGGUUGCGAUGUGCGAUUUUGAGGAGGCACUGUCCAAGAUCUCGAGAAGUGUGUCGAUGGCAGACAUUGAAAGGCACGAGAAGUGGCUCGCAGAGUUUGGUUCCGCCUAAGCAUUAAACAGCAGCACCGUGUAAGCUAACAAGAGAGAAACGAAGCAUCGCCACUUCGACGUAUCUGGUACGUAAGGCAUGCAAUCCCAAGCAUCCCCGGCGGUACCAAAGUCCGAGAUUAUCGCGCCCUGAAGUUGGCUCUACACUUGAACAUCCCUGGCGUGACUAAAAAGCAAGCAGGACAGAGAGCUGGAACAUCUAUGAGAUGAAAAAAAUGAAACAAGUUUUUCUCCUGGACACCAUAGAUUGAACAAGACACUUCUUUCCUCAGAGGUUAAGCUUAGGCUUAGUUGAAAGUUGCUUAAUUGUAACAUUUGCUCC